GACGCGGAGGGCAGACGCUGAUUGGCCGCAGCUUUACAUGCGCUGCCCUUGGGUGUCAGUCAGCGAACGACCGGGAUGUUGAGGACGUGCAGCCGCCUGCUGAGCUGCGGGUCACCGGGAUUCACCCAGAUCCGGGGUACGGUGGUGGUUGAGCGCUGGUGGAAUGUGCCACUUGCCAAAGAGGGGGAGGAGCCGUACCUUCACCCUCAGAGGCACCGCAUCUAUCGGGUGCUGGAGGACACCAAGCACAGUGCCAAGGAGAAGAUGGAGCUGAUCCUGACGCAGAACGUGCACCGGCUGGGCAGCCUCGGGGACACGGUGCUGGUGGACAAACGGCGGGGGCGGAACAAGCUGCUGGCACAGGGACUGGCGGUCUACGCCUCCCCCGAAAAUAAGGAGAAGUUUGAGGAGGAGAAGAGGUUGCAGCUGUCGGGCGAGCUUGGAGGCAGGAAACAGACCUGGACGGGCGAGAUGACUCUGAAUUACCUGAAGAAGUCUCGGCUGAAGGUUGAGAUGAAGACCAACGUAAAGUGGCAGCUGAACCAGGAGAUUGUGGCACGGAAUCUACUGAAGAGCUUAGGGGUGGUGGCGCCUGUGGAAGCGCUGAAGAUUCCAGAUGAGCCCAUCACCAGGUUCGGGGAGUACUGGUGUGAAGUGACGGUGAACGGCGUCGACACGGUGCGGCUGCCGAUGGACGUCGUGAAUUACAUGAGACCGAAAAUGAAACGAUACAAGCACUGGUUAUCCACGCAAGCAACGAGAUCAGAGGGCGGCACUACCUCCGAGUCACCAGCAGAGGGCGACCUUACCACAGAAUCCUGAGCAGAAGGCCCUCAUGCCUCACAAUCGCCAGCAGAGGGCGACGUGGCAGCGCAGCCACAAACUCUGACAAACGGACCCCCUGGGGGAUUUGCCUGUCUUUGGACUGUCGGCCCCUCAGCCUCGCACAUUCAUUCGUAAUAAAGUCUCCAUGUUGGAUGGCGUUGCACUGCACAGUCA